UCCGGAUAAGCCAGCACCACCUCGGCAGCAGCAACAGCAUCGCCGAUGAGGGCACCUUCGUCUGCGACGGACUCUGCGAAACCAAAAAUGCGAAGCGUUUGGGGCCGCGACAACAACGCUGGUGGUGCAGUGACGUCUGUGCUGGAGCGAGUCGGGCCAUCGUCGUCUAUGUCCACGUCCAACUCGCUCAGUGCGUCGAUCUUCAAGAAGUACCACACAACGACAUCGUCCACGCUCGCGUCGUCUGCGCGAUCCUUGCAUGCCUCGUCCUCUUCCUCGAGAACAUUGGCAUCUGGAGCAUCUAUCACACAAUCGUCGACGACCAUGGCACGUGCGGGAACAGGAGCGCUUUCUACCGUCGCCGAGAAUCAAGUUGCCACGUCGCGUACCUCGACGGCAAGAGCAGCAUCGACCAUGUCGUUGGUGACCACCCGCGAGUGGAAGCUGAGCGACUUUGACAUCGGUCGACGCCUUGGUCGCGGCAAAUUUGGCAGCGUGUACUUGGUUCGCGAGAAGAAGUCGCAGUACAUCGUGGCGCUCAAGGUGCUGCAAAAGGCUCAGCUGAGCAAGGCGAACGUCGAGCACCAGCUUCGCCGGGAGAUUGAGAUUCAAUCACACUUGCGCCACAAAAACAUCCUGCGGCUCUUUGGGUACUUUUACGACGAAAAACGCAUCUACCUCAUCAUCGAGUUUGCCGCCCAUGGCGAGUUGUACAAAAAACUGCAAAAAGCCGGGCGAUUCUCGGAAGAGCGGUCAGCGCGUUACGUCCGCGACAUUGCGCUCACGCUCGCGUUCAUGCACAGUAAGCACGUGAUCCACAGAGACAUCAAGCCGGAGAACCUGCUCAUCGGCUUCCACGGAGAGCUCAAGUUGGCCGACUUUGGCUGGUCCGUACACUCGCCCACAUCUCGCCGCAACACGCUGUGCGGCACCUUGGACUACUUGCCGCCCGAGAUGGUCGAGAACAAGCCGCACGACGAAAUGGUUUGCAACCAUUUAGCUUCGAUUGUCUCGGUGCUUCGAUGCGCGAAUCCUGAUGGCCUCUGUAGGUGGAUGUGUGGACGCUAGGCAUCCUCAUGUACGAAUUCCUUGUGGGCACGCCACCGUUUGAAGGGGAAGGCACAACCGAGACAUACCAGCGCAUCACAAGCGUUGACCUGCAGUUUCCGCCCCACGUAUCGGCGUUGGCGAGGGACUUGCUCACCAAGAUCUUGCGAAAGAACCCACAGGACCGCCUGGCACUGGAUAAAAUCGUUCAGCACCCCUGGAUCACGCGUCACUGCAGGAGUAGCACGAGCGGCCCCGUGACCUCAUGAAACCACGGCCUGUUGAGUAAAUAAGUACAAGUAAACGUGUCGCUGCGCCAAAGCGGGGAAAGUGUGCCGAGGCAGCCAUGGCACGACAGUAGCGUGUACGUCGCCAAACUAAGCAGACUAAUGUGGGAACGACGUCGUGCCA